AUGCCGGAUCACGAUGCGCCGCCUAUCGACUCUAUCGCACUGACCCCUGACACAUCAGCAACGGACAGCGUGCCUCACCUCGAAGCGCUGCCGCCGUCCUCCUCCGCGUCCGUAUCCGAACCGACGGACAAGGGUUUGCAGUCGUGUCUUGACUUGUUCUUCGAGCGUCACUUUGCUAGUGACUUCUGCUCGUUUGACUCCAGAUCAGACUUUGAGUCCAAAUGCAGACAAGAGGCCGUCUUGGCAGCAUGUGUCAUUGCGCUCUGCAGUCGAUACCUCUCCCUCGAGACUGCUCAGACUGAGUUUGGGCUUGCCUCACCGAACGAUGUGUUCCGUCUUUACAUGCGCAGAGCCCGGAAUCUCGUCAAGAUGGUAUCAGAUGAUCCGAGUGUUACUCACAUCCAGGCCAACCUUGUCCUGGCAUUGGCUGAGCUACUCUCCAGCUCUGGAUCGAGACACUGGCUCUUCACAGGCACGGCGAUCCGGAUGGCCGAGAUCAUGCGGCUGAACAAGGAGUUUCACCAGAAACACAGCUACAGGGAGCAGGAGAUUCGGCGCCGGACCUUCUGGGCCUGUCUCAUGUUUGAUCGGGUAUUGGCUUACUUCCUUGGCAAGCAUCGCACUGUCAAUGAGGAGAGUGUUUCCAUAUCUGUGCCGGGCACGGAUCUAUCGAUGCUCUAUCAAGAAGAGACGAGAGGCGUCACAUUGGCCAGCCUCGCCGCAUAUGCACGUCCUUCUGAUCUGGGUUUGGCUUCGUACUUUAUCAAAACAAUCAUUCUGUGGAGCGAUCUAGCAGACUUUGCUGCAUAUUCCCGGCGUCGUCUCGAAAAACACCCCCCAACCAGCCCAGAGAGCCUCUUCUUUGCUCGAUCUGAGGCUGCGCGGGAAUGGCGCGACUCUCUACCCGAAGGCCUCCGCUGGAGCAUUCGAAACUACGAUACUCAUUGCGCACUUGGCCAGAAGAAGCUGUUCCUUUCGAUGCAGUUCCUACUGCAUGGCGCUCUAUCCAUUGCCCACCAAUGCUAUCUGCCCCAUCCUACUCUGUACACUAAUCUGGUCGAUCUUGUUGACGCAGCUGGUUGGUCUUAUCUCUACAGGGAUGAGCCUCUGGUUUCGAACUGUGUAUCCAACGCCCUUACCAUCGGCGAGAUACUGGACUACUUGAUGGAUCCCGAGCAGGCAAACGACCUGCCGGCCCUGCAGACCAUAUGGGUCGCCGCUACUACCUUGACGGCCGCCAACGUGUAUCUCUGGAUGCAGUACGCUCACGACGAGACCUUCUCCACACCCGAGUAUCAGUUCAAGGCCAGCCGUUACUUUGAUCUCGUCCGCCAGCUUGUCUCGUCGUGGACAGGGGAGUGGAAAGUGGCCAAUCACUGGCUCCGUGCUCUUGAUGUCAUGCGCGACCUUUACAAAGCAGCAUAUCUCGGCGACGUCAACGAGAGAUUCUUCACAAAUCAUGGUAUUGAGCUGAAUCCAGAGGAACAGGACGAACUGCUCGACGACUUCCGCCCCCAGCCAGGGGAUGGCUACCCCACGCUGAUUGCACUCCCCAACUUGCAGGCAUCGGUCAAGUUCGCCACGUGCGAUACAUCAGCGCGAUCCAUUGAUAUCCCCUCCAUCUGGCUGCAGCUUUCCGGUGGCUGGCCGUUCGGAUUCGCGGGGCCGGAGUGUGCCGUGGAGCCUCCUGGUAAUAUCCAACUGACGAAUGACGAGCUUGAGAUCCCCCCCGCUUGA